AUGUACAACACUAAAAGUUCUAGUGGCGGUAGUCACGGUAAUCGAUAUAUUAGAAGGAUUGAAACUUUCAGACAAACACAGUACCAACUGCAACAGUUACACUUACAACAACAGCAACAGCAAACAAUGUCUAAUGUGGAAAAUUGUAUAACACCAAAAAUAACUACUCCAAUGAAAAAUCAAAUUCAAAAACAUGCCAUGCCCUUGCAUGAUAUACCAUCACAAUCAACAUGUCCUAAACCAGUUGUUCAAACUCAAAUACUAACAGCCUCAAUUACUCAAAUGUCUCCAGUAAACGAUUUUGAGAAUAAACGGAUAAGACUUGAAGAUGAAAGAUCAAUUAGCGAGAAGUCAGAAGUAUACAGUAUACAAAAAAAUAAUAAGGAAGAACCGAACAAUCAUAUGAAUGCUCAAAUGCGUCGUUUAGUAUCUCACAAAAAUCCACUAAUGAUUAUUUCUGAGUUGCUCAAUGAUGUACCAAUUCAAUUACAAGAGCACUCAAUAAAAAAUAAUGUUACUGGUUACACUGCUACACUUGAGAUUGAUGGUCAGAUGUAUACUGCAAAUCACAUUUCCAAGACUCAGGCCAAACAAAAGGCAUGUGAAAAUUUCUUGCGCAUUAUGUUGGCUAAACAAAUAAGUGAGCGAUCUGAAAGAAAAGAAGAAUCUCACAUGCAAAUAGAGAUUGAAGAUGGAGAAAAUGGUACUGUACAGAAACCUAAAGAACAUGAGGAUUUCCCAUUGCUACUUUUUCCUUCAUUAGCUAUGUAUAAUUUAAUACAUCAAUGGAAACUACAGCAUGUUUCGAAAGCUAUUAAUUUACAAGAAGAACAGCCAAAUGUAAUAAAAUCACCACCAAAGAUAAAGGCUAAUGCUAUGAGAAAGUUUCCCGAAGACCCAAAAAACUACAAUCCAGUACAGUUACUAAAUCAAAUGAAGCCCGGUGUCAUAUUUAUUGAAACUAUUAUUAGUUCAAAUACGCAAUCAGUUUACCAAGUGAAAUGUGAAAUAGACAACAUUCCAUUCACUGGACAAGGAUCAAAAAAAAAGGCAGCCAAGAUGGAAUGUUGUAUUGCAGCAAUCAAAUAUUUUUGGCAAUUUGAUUUUCACGCCUAG